AGCCGCGUGCACUCAGACACUACGGAGGCCCGGAGGGGAAUGAACCAAAACCAGUUUGGCCGCUACGAAGACUCUGUGGAGCUUGGCGCUGUUCACCGGAGCCCGAGGACAAGAACCAGAAGAAGAACCAGAAGGAGGAAGUGACAUCACAGAGGAAGACAAAGUGUAAACAUGGAGACGUCUCGUCUGGCUGCUGACAGACUCAGAACUUUGUGAAGUCCAUUUAAGGUCCAUUUAAUCAGCAGUCUGUGAGCUGCAGCAUGCUGACGGCUGUCAGAGCCUCCGGGUGCCUCAGACCCCUGAGGAGAGUGUGGAGCUGUGCUAUGAGCUCAGGAUACCAGCAGGCUAACGUCGUCAUCCUGCCCAGUCACCUGGCAGAUGACUUUGAGACAUUCUGUCAUAGAAAUCCUGCCCCCUUGCCACUCCUUUAUCGCAGCCAAUCAGGAGAGACUUCCUGUCCACCUCUCGCCAAACAUGCUGACAUAAGGACGGACGUCUCUCAGUUCUGUGUGUAUGAAGACGGCCAGCUGGUGAAAACCGUGUCCAGCUUGCAGACGUCCAGCACUCAGCACAGGAACUCGUCGGAGGCUUCGAGUGGCGUCUCCUGGUCAGACAUGGUGUGUUUCUACCUGGGCUGCAGUUUUGGCUUCGAGGGCAGCAUGAAGAAGGCCGGAGUCCCUGUCAGGAACGUGGAGCAGGGCGCCAACGUCAGCAUGUUCAGGACUUCAGUUCCCUGUGUUCCUGCAGGAGUGUUCUGCUGCCCUCUAGUGGUCACUAUGCGUCCUGUUCCAGCUGCCAUGUUGGAUGCUACAGUGGAAGUGACUCACCUCAACCCGCUAGCACAUGGAGCCCCUGUACAUAUAGGAGACCCAGCUCUCCUCGGGAUACACGACCUGUCCAGACCAGACUACGGUGACGGGGUGGAGCUGCAGCCCGGUGACGUCCCGGUGUUCUGGGCCUGUGGAGUCACUGCCAUAGAGGCCAUACUGAGCAGCAAGCCGUCUCUGGCGUUCAGUCACUCCCCGGGCUGCAUGUUCCUGACAGACGUCCCAGACUCCUCCUCUCCUCCACCCUCUGACACUGUGCGCUCCCCCACCUCGGAUCACAGUCUGGAUCUGAUCCCUCGCAGCUUCCUGCUGUCCCAGAAUCCCUUGUUGUACAGUUUGGUGUCUCACAGGGCCAUGGAGAAAAUCAGACAGCUGGAGACGAUUAUCGGAGAGGACCCAGGGCAGCGAGGGAUCAGAGCUUUGUUUGUUCAGGAUGAACUCCUGCGCUCCUGUCUGUCACUCUCCCACGCCGCCUCUGUUGCCAUAACAACCGGCUUCCCCACACACUACCAGCACAGCCCUCCAGACGAGACAGAUGGCCCACCAGGAGCCAUCGCCAUGGCAACCAUGCUGCUGUCACUAGGGAAACAGGUGACGAUGGUGACGGACAAGAGAGGCCUGGACAUGAACCGGGCCAUCAUCGAUGAGGCCGUGAGGACGGGUGUGCUGAAAAGUGCCGUGCCAUUGGUCACCUUUGAAGACGGCGGCCCAGACUCUGCUCUGCACUUCCUGUGUCACCAUGGAGACCGCAGUAAACCCAGGUACGACCACCUGGUGGCGAUAGAGCGCAGCGGACGUGCUGGAGACGGAAACUAUUACAACAUGAGAGGAAUAAACAUCAAACAUCUGGUGGAUCCCAUCGACGACCUGUUCAUCGCUGCCCAGGAGAUACCAGGCAUCAGUACGACAGGGAUCGGUGAUGGAGGUAACGAGCUGGGGAUGGGUAAGCUGAAGGAGAAGGUGAGCACCUUGAUGCCCAAAGGGAGUCUCAUCGCCUGUGAUGUUCCUGCUGACUUCGCCAUCACUGCUGGAGUGUCUAACUGGGGAGGAUAUGCGGUGGCCUGUGGGCUCCACCUGCUGCACACCUGCCCCUCCCACCAGAGGUACCUGAGGAGAGGACUGGGACUGGAGCAGGGAACCCCCCGAGACCAGCUGCAGGACUGGACCGCUAACCUGCCGUCUGUGGAGAAGGAGGAGUCCAUCCUCUCCACUCUGGUGCGUUUCGGGAUAAGAAGCGGGAAAACUGGUAACCUGGCCAUGGAGGUGGACGGAUUGACCUUUCACCCCACACACUCCGACAUCAUCACCAGACUGCUGGAGGUCACGCGGGGAUCAAACUACUGUUAGAAAGGCCGACUGUGACGUUCCUCACGUCUGACCUGCAGAGCUCAGAACUUAAACGUGUUACAACAAUUGAAGAACAAAAACACUUUAUUAGUUCAGUAGAUUGCCAGUUACCUUGUUCUCAAACAGCCUGAGUUCAUUUUAAUUGGAUAAGACCAGUUUUGUUCUGAAGUCUUGAACUUCAGUUCAGAGUUAAACAUGUUAUUGUUUUAGAAACAGAGUUUGUCUCCUCGAGUUCUGGACAAAAUGAUCUUGUUGUCUCAUUAGUUAUUCCAUGAUAAUGACCUAAAUAACUCUCCAACUCUUAAGCAAAUUAAAUUGAACUUGCUAUUGCCAGAAAGCUCAGGAAAUAAUUAGUCUGACCUGCAGCUGUUCAGAGCUUCUGUAUUAUCAUGCUUAUCCACAGACACAACUAAUGACUGAGCUAAUUAGCCGACUAACAACAAGAGCGAAGGGCCAGAAUGAGGCUGCUGAAUAGAUCUGCCUUCCACUGUUUUGUUUUUACUGCUGAGCUUCAUGUCUUAUGAUGUGUUAAUAUAAAUACACAGUGUGUGUGUUCCUGUUCAGACACCUGAUGACUUCAGAUCAAUAAUACUGAACAGAACGUAUUUGUCUCACGUUCUGAUGGAAAAGAGCAAAAACUGAGUAGUCAGAAAUAUUUAAAAACUGCUCGAAGUGACUUUUGAUUUGAAUUUUGUAUGAUCAAAAUAUAUUUUAGAUUAAAUAUUAUGACCAGAAG